AUGGUGCACAGGAUACGUUCUCUCUUCUGAUACCAUGACGUCCUAUCGUUCUUGUUUUCAUAAUUUCUAUGAUGAUCGGAUUCUCCAGUCAACACCUAAUCUCCGAACAUGGAUUGGUUUUGGACUUUCAGAAGUGUUCCUUCCGAAGCUAAGAUUCCUGAAAGUUCUUUACAUAGAAAAUUCAAGCCUCAAGAAUUUGAUGUUAAUUCGUGGGUGCAUUCACCUAAGAUACCUUAGGUUGAGAAAUUGUCACACUGUUACACUUUCUUCUUCUAUUGGACAACUCCUUUACUUGCAAACUGUAGAUCUGAGGAGCACAUCUCUUGGCAGAAGUUUACCAAUCACCGCAUGGGCUAUCCCUACCCUAAGGCACCUUUACCUUGAUUCUGGAUCUUGUGGAACCAUUGAACUAGACCCGGUGCCACUCCUAGAGAAGCUUCCAUGUCUUGUGGUGUUGCAUCUAUGGAAUUAUCGGGGCCCGACUAUGCACUGCUCUGCCCAAGGAUUCCCUCAGCUGCAAAAUCUGGAACUUCAUUUCUUUAGUACCGAGUGGACGAUAGAGGUGGGGGCAAUGCCAAGACUCUCCAACCUGAAGCUUCUGAGUUGCGGGAUGCAGAAGCUCCCCGAGGAUCUGCUGAACCUGCAGUGCUUGAAGAAGUUGGAAACUAACUGCUGGCAGCUUAAAUUUGACAACACAUGGAAAGAACUGAAAAAGAAGGGAUGCAAGGUCAGUUAGCUAUGCCC